GAAAAAGAAGAAGGAGGAGGAAGAAGAAGUCGUCGUCCAAGCGGUGCAGGUUCACCAUCGUAGUGAUCGCUGUUAAUAAAUGAUAUCCGUUACACAUGACCUGAAAGCCACCGUCGUUAAACAAUGGGUGAAUCAGGCUGCUCAACAGACCAAAGAAACUCUGAGGCUAUACGUCUGAAGGAGAUGUGUUUCCAAGCUGUCAGGAAACAUUUAGGUGCUCUGGGCGUCCAAGCAGUGCUUGAUCUUCCAACGCCGCUCAUCAAGGAUCUUCUUCCCCAUCUGACUGUAUGUCAGCUGGACGAGCUCCAGCCGGGAUUAAAUCAGAGAGGCAUAUCAACUCACUCUGGAUGGGUUGGAGUCCUGCAGCAAUUAUCUAGAGCUAACCCUGAAGUAAACUUGCUGACAGAAGAAGAGGUCAAAGGCGAAGUUAUGAGACUACUUUUUACACUCAUAUUCUAUGGCUUCAGAAAUGGCUUUGUCAAUAGAAACAAAGCAAAUUUAAACACCCCAUACUUCCUGAUGGCUGCUGCUAAAUGUAUCAAAUAUUUUGUACUCCUGGCAAACAUGCAGAAGACCCUUCAAAGUUUAACUGCUGAGCAGCGGCCUAUUCUGAACCUCUUAGAGAUGGGUAUCAAGCGUGUCUGUGUGUCAAAUUCCCUUGAUAUGGCAAAGAGGGUGAUGCACACUGUAUUGUAUAUUCUCCAUCGACUGCUAGACCACGGGAUGGCUACAGAACUCGUUGUAAAUACGCCUUGUCCCAUCAUGCUGGCUUGGCUCCUACAUGGAAGGGGAUCUCAGUAUGUAAAUCCCAAGCUGAAGAGCCUCAUGCACAGCAAAAUGACGAGUUGUAUUUCACCUGCUGCUUCAGCCAGUGUAGACAGGGCCAGUCCAGGUUUUGAGAACAGGGCUUUGGAAGAUCAGGAUGAUCAAGUUUCUCCAUGCAAACGCUCAAAGUUGGAUUCUGUGACUGUGGAGGAGGAAUCUGGAAAAGAAAACUUGACCAUGGACCUGCACAUUCUCUGUCAGAACUUCACUCCAUGUGGUGGUCCCUCAGCAGGGGCUUGUCCAUGGGGACAGAUUGAUUGUCUGGAAAUUAGGCAGUGUAAAUCCAACUCCCUCCAAGUGCUGAUCUCUGCCCUGCCCACAUUUUUUUGCCUUCGCUCUCUAACUCUUCACAGCUAUUUGACCUUCAUGGACUCAGAUGUGUUAUCCCUGGUCAGAGCCCUGAAACAACUGUCUGAAUGCUCCCACAGCUCCCUCACUGAUCUGAGCAUUAGCGUCCUCCCAUACACUGAGCUUGUAAAGAUCAUUCUGGAUGCGAGCCCCAAACUGACAUCCCUGCACACAGAGGUCCGGAGUAUGAUUUGUCAACCGCACUUCACAUCUCAUGACCUCAGCACUGAAGAGCUGGCCCUGGAGAAGCUGACGGUCAAAGUAACUGAGCUCCAAACAGAUCUGCAUGUCAUCACAUCUGUGCUGAGACGGUGUCCAUGUCUCACUUCACUUCACAUAGCUGGGAUGACGUUACCAUCUGGCUCCUCUCAAAGCCAGCUCCUCAACACUCUCUCAGAGUCGAAUCACCGCUUAAGGAGUCUCAACCUGGAAGAUAUGAAGCUGGCCGACUGCCUCCCUGAGAUCCUUAAUCUACUAAGACACUGCAAGUUGGAAGAGCUGCAGUUUAAUGAUUGCCGUCUUCUUGAGCAAUGGAGCAACAAGGAGGAGAGUUUGCAGCGGUUGGUGGCUGCUCUGAAGGCAGUGCCUUCCCUUAACAUGUUAAGCCUGGCUCAGAAUCGGCUAGCCAAGAACGUGUAUGUACUGGCAGAGCUGUUCUCCGGAUCCUCACCGAGCUCAGUGAAACGACUAAACAUCAGCUCCAACUUUAUUCAGCCUGCUGAUCUGCUGGAGUUUGCCAAGAGGUUGAGGACACAUCGUCCCCCACAUCGACUGACCCUCGACCUCAGGAGGAACCCAGGUGAUCGAGACCUUGACAUGUGGAACACUGCACUAGGGAGCCUCCGUCCAUUCUGUGUUCUACUGGUUGAGGGAUGGAAAUCCACCGACACAAUGGUCGACCACAUCAGCAAUAUGUGAAGAAAGCUGAAGAAACAUUUGUUCCGAGAAUCUGACAUUGAAAGCUGGCUUUAAAGUUCCUUCAUGUAAAGUCUGCACUGUUCUGUUCUCUGUUUAGGUUCAGUUCAGAUAGUUAUGUACUGUCGAUUCCAGUUACAAGUUUUUACUGUUUAAGAAAACCCUCAAAAUGUCAAAAACCAAUCCAACCACACCUGCAGCAUGAGUCACUUCUCUACUGGCUAUCCAGUGCAGUAUUGUUCUAAACACUCAUCUAUUCACUGUGUCCAAAUAUGAGUCUCUAUUCCAUCUGGAUCACAAUCUGCAGUGGAACAUGGACGUAUGCGAGUAUACUGAGCUUACAGAUGGACCAGAGAAGUGGACCAAGCCCUGCAAGUGGCCGUACAACUUCUCAUAGCCAUUUAUUCACAUUUCUAUUGUAAUUAUACAUUUUCUACUAAGAUUACUGUUGUAAAACAAAUAACUUUGAUUUUUCCUCUUCAGUUCUGACACACGAUUAGUUCUAUACAUGUGACAUUUAGCUUGUUCUCCAGUGCCAUUGUGCACCAUCCGAAAAUAAAAGAGCAUCCCGUCUUAGUUUGA